AUGAGUCGUUGGUGCACUAUUCUUCUUAAUAUCGUGCUGCUUCAAGUGGCUUACGGACAGCGCAAUAGCUCGCUGUCUGGUUGUGAGAUCUGCGCCACUACUGGUGAUUGUUCUCAAGCUUUUCGAGCAAAGUCUGGUCAAUUCUGUGGCCAUUGGUUGGACCGCCGAAGCAAACGUCGUCCUUGUUGUUGCCCUGAUGAUGCUGUCUGUAGAGUAUCAAAUUAUGCGUGUUUUUAUUCGUUCUCAUCGCAUGAUGACGGUCAUUUCUGGCUAUGGUGUCUACUUGGAUCGAUAGGACUGUUUCUUGGAUCGAUGGGACUGAUACUAUGCAUUGAUCUUAUAGCGAUUAAAUGCGAUUGUGUUAAUGGUGAAGAUGAAUGUAGUGGUGGCAAUUAUCAAGGUGGUUUUGGUGUUGGUGGCAACUAUGGAAGUAAUUGUGGUGGUGGAAACGUAAUCACCGGAGACUUUUAA